UCAUUAUUUAGUAGACUUUAUUUUUAAGUAAUCUGAAACUUGUAGAAAACUUAAGGAGUUUUCUUAUAAAGAGCUACCUUACACCCUUUGAUAAUUAAGUUAGCCGCAGCUACGAUGCCGCUUUAUCUGUGUAUUUAGAAGUACUCCAGUGUGUAUUUUCUAAAAACGAGGACAUUCUCCUACAUCCAGAAUCAGUGCCCACCUGGAGCAAUGGUCCACGCUUUCCUCAUCCACACCUUGCGGGCUCCACAGGCCCAGGACACGGGCCUUUGCCGAGUGCUCUACUCCUGUGUCUUUGGUGCUGAGAAUUCACCCGAUGACCCACGACCACAUGGUGCUGAGCGGGACAGGCUCCUCCGAAAGGAGCAGAUUUUGGCUGUGGCCAGGCAGGUGGAAUCCAUGUGCCGGCUGCAGCAGCAGGCAUCUGGCCGGACCCCCAUGGACCUGCAGCCUCAGUCCUCGGAUGAGCCAGUGCCCCUGCAUGAGGCCCCCCUUGGGGCCUUCCGCCUGGCAGCAGGGGACCCUUUCCAGGAGCCUCGGACAGUGGUAUGGCUGGGCGUGCUCUCAUUAGGCUUCGCCCUGGUGCUGGAUGCCCACGAGAACCUGCUACUGGCUGAGGGCACACUCCGGCUGCUGGCACGCCUCCUCCUUGACCACCUCCGGCUGCUGACCCCCAGCACCAACCUCCUGCUUCGGGCUGAUCGCAUCGAGGGCAUCCUCGCCCGCUUCCUGCCCCAUGGUCAACUGCUCUUCCUCAAUGACCAGUUUGUCCAGGGUCUGGAGAAGGAAUUCAGUGCUGUGUGGCCCCGCUAACCACUCCCUGGGAUGGGACUUCCUGAGAGGGCAAGGAGGGAGGACAGGGAUGGAUGGACACACACACAGCGAGGUGAAGCUUGGCAUCAGCCUCCUUCCCAGCCUGCUCCCAGCCUAGGUGUGGUACCACACCCAGGACAAGUGGACACCACAAGCUGGCAGAAAAGGGGGCUGGGCAAAGGGUGGUGGGGAGGAAUCCCAGAACAUCUUGUGCCUGGAGGUGCCAUGUGACUCAUUCAUACUGCUGCAGUGGGCCAGCCCCACCUGUCCUUGACCCCAGUUUCUCCCAUCUCCGGCAGCCAGCCCCAAAAACAGUCUAGCAGUUGCUAGUGUUGGAGCAUGAGGAGUGGAACUCAGCCCACUUUCUCCAUCCAAGCCCACAGUCAUCGCAGUGCAAAGGGAAUCUGAGACUCCCAGGGUCGGGGAGCUGGCUGCAGCCUUUGCACCCACUUAGGCAACAUUAUCAACAAGGAUUUUGUCAGUGAGGGCCUGUUCAGUGUCCAGCCCCACCAUAGUUCCCAAAUGUGUCAUUCAUUCAGCAGGGGGAUUCUGUAGCUCAUUUUGGGUGCAGCCCUUGCCCACAGGC